GACAGAUCUAAGAUCUUAAACACGAGGCUAGAAGAUACAAGACAUAAUACAAGCAAAUUUAUUGGCUCAGCGCGAGCUUAUUUAUUUUUUUUUAAUGCCUGAGGCUGACAGUUCGCCACCCCGCCUAGCCGCUUCCUCUGGCGCAUUUCUAAGCAUUUGAUUCAUCAGCAUAAGGCUUUUCGACUGCUUUUCUCCCUUCUCUUCCCUAUACUCGUUGUCUGCCUACCUUCCUUGAAUCAUUACGGAAGACCAGACAACCUGAGAAGAGGGGAAACAAAGAUGGCCCCCGCUCUAACAGACCCUACCGCGGCGUAUUUAGCCGCGCCUACAAAAACACCCAAUCUGGUUGCGCCAGAACCUGAACACUGUCCCGGUCCCGAAUCAGAGCAAGCAGGCCAAGGUGAUGCCUGCGCCGGAUGCCCCAACCAGACCAUCUGCGCCUCUGCACCAAAGGGGCCAGAUCCAGAUAUCCCGCUCAUUACUGCACGACUUUCGCAGGUAAAGCACAAGAUUCUUGUUCUUUCUGGGAAAGGGGGUGUUGGAAAGUCAACUUUUUCGACAUUACUUGCUCAUGCCUUUGCGACGAACCCAGAAUCGACCGUCUACGUGUGCGACACUGAUAUCAGCGGACCCUCGAUACCGAAAAUGAUGGGCGUUGAAGCCGAGACCAUUCACGUUAGCAAUGCCGGCUGGAGUCCGGUGUGGGUGACGGAUAAUCUUGGGGCGAUGAGUAUUCAGUUCAUGCUGCCAAACCGGGACGAUGCUGUGAUCUGGAGAGGUCCGAAGAAGAACGGACUCAUUAAACAAUUUUUGAAAGACGUGGAAUGGGGUGAAGCCGAUUAUUUAAUUGUCGAUACCCCUCCCGGCACAUCUGACGAACACUUGUCCGUCAAUUCAUUGCUCAAAGAAUCUGGCGUGGACGGCGCGGUGGUCGUAACAACACCGCAAGAAGUGUCCUUGCUCGAUGUCAGGAAAGAAAUCGACUUCUGCAAGAAGGCCGGUAUCAAGAUUCUCGGUCUUGUGGAGAAUAUGUCCGGCUAUGUUUGCGGUAAUUGUCAGACCACCUCUCACGUUUUCCGACCAACGACUGGGGGCGGCCGACGCUUGGCUAGGACGAUGGGCAUACCCUUUUUAGGAUCUGUACCCUUAGACCCUCGAGUUGGUAUGGCGUGUGAUUACGGGGAAAGCUUUCUGGAAAGUUACCCCAACAGCCCAGCUUCCAAAGCCAUUCAGAGCGUGGUUCGGGCGGUGAGCGAGCAAAUUGGCGAAGAUCCGGAGAAGGUCAUUCCAUCAGAACCUUUGGUCUGAGUCAUCAGGCGAUAUACCGCUUAUCUGAUGAAAAGUUUCUUUUUUUUUCCCUCUCUCAUGUGCGACGUCUCUGCAUUGGUGCGACUGGCUACGAUCGACAAUUACCCAGUUAGGGCUUCACGGGUAACGUGUCCGAGGCGUUUGGGCGGGUUGCAUUGUGGCGUUAAUUUUUCCGUAUAUAUAUCCAUUUGGAAGACCAUUGUUUUACUGCAUAUACACACAUAACUAUAGAAAUGAAAGUGUUAUUUAGACUGAAGUAGACU